CUUCUCUCCGAGCCUCUCCCCGCCCCCUUCCCUGACUGCUUCCGCUCGGGCUGAUUAUCAUUUUUAUUGACAAACACCGAGCGAGCGAUAGCGAGUUCCGGGGUGUAUUUUUAGCCAAGCCAUGGGAGACAAGAAGAGCCCCACCAGGCCGAAGCGGCAGCCGAAGCCAUCCUCGGAUGAAGGAUACUGGGAUUGUAGCGUGUGCACCUUUCGGAACAGCGCCGAGGCUUUCAAAUGCAUGAUGUGUGAUGUGAGGAAGGGCACCUCCACUAGAUCCACAUACUUUGAAGUUCUUGUGAAUGCCUCGAGGACCAUGGAACCGUUGAAAUUUCAAAUUUCAGGAAGGAAACCUCGACCUGUCUCCCAGUUGGUUGCACAGCAAGUUACUCAGCAAUUUGUGCCCCCCCCACAGUCAAAGAAAGAGAAAAAAGAUAAAUUAGAAAAGGAAAAAAGUGAAAAAGAAACAACUAGCAAAAAGAACAGUCAUAAGAAAACCAGGCCACGAUUGAAAAAUGUGGAUCGGAGUAGCGCUCAGCAUUUGGAAGUGACCGUUGGAGAUCUGACAGUCAUUAUUACAGACUUUAAGGAGAAAACUAAGUCGCCACCUGCAUCUAGUGCUGUUUCUGCAGAUCAUCAUAGUCAGAGCGGUUCUAGCUCUGAUAAUACAGAGAGAGGAAUGUCCAGGUCAUCUUCACCCAGAGGAGAAGCCUCGUCAUUAAAUGGAGAGUCUCAUUAAAGUUUACUUUUUUCCAGUUUCUUUAGUCACUUCUCUGUAACAUGCAAAUGCAAAUAUUUUGGCUAACACAAGCCACAUUUUCAUGACAAGCAUUUAUGCUCAGCCCACAAUCUGUUUUAACAUAAAAUAUAAGUGCAUUAGGAUUAAUAAUCUUGUUGCAAUCUACACUAAAGACCACAUUUCCAGAAUUAACAUUUUGAUAUCCAAAGUUAAAAGUGCCAUGAAAAUGUGGUAGAACAUUCAUUAUGCAGUGUUAUUGGUAAUCUUUUUCACUUUUAGUGAAUUCCAACACUUAAAACUUGAUUUCACUACUAUUGGCAUGUACUGAAUUAAAUUUUUUAUAACAUAGUUCAAGCUGCCUAGAUAUGUAUUAUUUGAGAAUUAUAAAACAGUUGUAUAUGUGUGUUUGUGUGUGUGUGUGUGUAUACACAUAUAUACAUACAAGUCAGAUCAAUUUAAUCAAUUAUUAGAGCAACCAGAUUUUCAUAAUAGUUAUCUUCUUAUACACCUGCUGGUACUUGGUGUGGUUAAAUAGGAAAAUUGUUAUUAAAGGAUUUCUAUGAACUUGGCCAAUUUUUUUGACACAUCUUAUUAGAUUACUGUUACUGGUUUAUCAAAUUUUCUUUUAUUGACUUUUUAAAACAUUCAUUUAUUAUGUUUACUAGCAAAAUAGUAAACAUUUUAAAGUAUCAAUUGUUUAACUUUAUAAUUCAGAUAUAGUAUUAUUAUCAUUAUACACUGGUAUUUUCCACAAUAUAUAACAUUUUCCAUUUCAAAUAAUGAUGUGCAUUUGCCAAAAAAAAAAAAAAAAAAAGGCAACAGAAAAAUUUCCAUUUAAAAAGUUCCAAUCCUGAAAAAAAUUUCACUGAAUAAUAAUUUUAUCAUUCUUUUCUUGCCCCAGACUUUUUCAGUGCUAUCCACAUAUAUUAAUAUAAUUACUACAGAAAUAUGGAGUGGUACAGAACUGGGGAAUAACUAAUAAUUUAUCCUAUUUCUUCUUACGUAAGCUUUUGUUAUGUUAAUUGGCCCUUUAUUAAAUAUUUUAAAAACAAUUCCUAUGAAAAACAUGCAGUUCCCUAUUUUCAGGCAUAAUUAUCAUUUAUGCAUAUAUUAAUAUACUAAUACAAACAAAAUAUUUACAGUCACCUAGCAUUAUGUAAAAUUACCAAUAAAAUAUUUUUAUGACUAUACCUUUUUCAUUUUUGUUUACAGCCAAUGUAUAUUUGAUGCACAAAAAAAAAAAAUCUCAAAACUGCAUAAAUUCUCAUGGAAUUUCCUAAUUCUUCUUCUGUUAAAUACUUGUUUGUUUAUUGUCUUCUCCCAUUAGAUUGUGAGCUCCUCGAAGACAGGGACUAUCUUUUGCCUUUUUUUGUAUCACCAACACUUAGCACAGUGCCUGGCACAUAGUACGUGCUUAAUAAAUGUUUAUUGCCCGAUAUUCUCAAAUAUAAAGAAUUAAUAUAAAUAUAGAGUGGACAUUUAUCAGUGAGCAUAGUUUUACAGUAUUACAUAAGACAUCUACAUGAUAACUUAAAUUGACAGAUUUCAUGUUUAGGGUUUUGGGGGUUUAUAAAAUGUAAUUUUUUUGUUUAAUUGUCACACUUAUAAGCUUAAGAAAGGCUGUUUUGUUAGAUGCUAGUUGUGAAAUACUUGCAUAAAAAGAAAGUCUGAUAUGAUAUCUAAACACACUUAAGUAUUUCAUUUUUUUGGUUGAAUUUAUGUAAAAAGAUUAAAACUGUGGUUUGGGGGAUGGUUAUUUUAGCAGGACACUUCUAAUGAUAAGACCAGUUUAUUUUUUAACUAUGAGUUCUACUUUGUCUUUGUUUUCUUCAUUUCCUAUUUCUCAGAUGCUUUUAAAGGUUGGUUUAUUUUUGAGAUUCUGAACAUUUGCAUAUGCUAAUGAAUUCUUCCAGUAUUUUUAGGUGACACUUUGUUCUACAGACUGUCCUCUAAUUGCAGUUUUCUGGCACGAGGGAAAAAAAAAAUUCUGAUAGCACUUUAAAUGGUUUGCAAAAGAGAAUAGUCUGGCAAAUAUACAAAAAUACAGUAAGCAAAAAAAUUGGCCCACAUUAUGUUUCAUUGCCUUUUAAAAGCAGUUUGCUGCUUUUUAUCAUACUUAGAAACCAUAUUCCCUGAACUAUCAGAUAAGAUGAUAGGAUUUAAGCUAGAAGGGAGCAUUAGAGGUCAUCUAAUCUGAACCCUUUAUUUGAAAAAUCAAAUAAUGUGAUUCCAGUUGUUAGGACUAGCAAAAUAUAGAAUAAAUAACAGUUAACAUUUGCAUCCAAGUCCUUUUAAAUCCAAAUUCAGCAUUUUUGCCAUACAUUACACUUGGAGAAGUAUGUAGGGUAAAUUUUAUCUUUUUUUCCACGUGAAAAAACCGAGGCUCACAAUGAUUGCCAAAGUCACCAAACUUAACUUGCAGUGUUAAGACUCAAACAUAAAUCCUUUGAUUCUGAAACCAGUGUUUUUAAAAUCACAGAAGAGUAUUUUUUCUAAAUUGUUUUCCUGCUAUAGCAGGUCCUUAAUCAUAUUAAUGUAAUUACAUGUGUUCUUUUUAAAUAUUCUUUGAUGCUCUUCUAAAUAUCUUUCCAAUGAAAGAAUUGAUGCUGAAUAAUUUAUUCUAUAAGAAGGGAAGAAGAAAAGGGGGAAGUGAUCUUAUCUUUUUCAGAUCUGUUUUUCAUUAAUCAUGUAAUCAAUUAAUAGAAUUGAAAGGUAUUUUAGGCACUAAAUGAAACAAAUUUUGUAGAUGAAGAAAUUUAAGCCCAGAGAAGUUAAAUCCUUUGUCCAAUUUAGCAGGAGUAAACAUUUAUUAAGUUAUCUACUAUGUGUCAAAUUUUGGGCUAAGCAAUGUGGAUACAAAAAGAUGCAAAAGACAGUCUCUACUUUCAAAGAGCUUAAAAUCUAAUGGGGGAGACAACACAAAUAAUAAACACAAAGUAACUAUAUUUAGGAUAAAUAGGAAAUAAUUUUUAAAAGAAAAGCCCUGGAAUUAAGAGGAGUUAGAAAAAAGCUUCCUGUAGAUGAUGGAAUUUUAUUUGGGACUUAAAAGAAACUUGGGAAUUUAAUAGGCAGAGAAGAAGAAGGAAAGGCUCAGGGCAUGGACAAAGAAAAUUCCCGGUGCUGAGAACGGAUUCUGUCUGUGGAACAGCCAGAAAGGCCUGUGUCACUAGAUUAAAGAGUACAUGUUGGGAAUAAGAUGCAGGAAGACUAGAAAGGUAUGAGGAGCUAGAAUUUGCUAAACAGAGCAUUAUGUAUAUGUAUGUACACCUAUAUUUUUUAAAAAAUCAUUUAAAUGGAGGAUCAACUGGAGAAGAAAAAAAAUUAAGAUAAGCGACCCAUCAUCAGACUACUAUUGUAGUCAAGACAUGAGCUGAUGAGGGGUUGCAUUGGAGUGCUGACAGUGUCAGGAGAAGGAGGAGGAGGAGGGAUAUAUGAAAGAUGGUGCAAAGGUAAAAUAAACAGACUUUGAUAAUAUCUUGGAGAUGAGGGAUGAAAAAUAGUGAGGAAUCCAAGAAGGUUCCUAGCUUGCAAGCAUAAGAAACUAGCAGGACAGUCUUACAUUCUAUAGCAGUGGGAAGAUGGGAAGCAGGGAAGGGUUUGGGGUGAUUUGGAUAUAAUUGAUUUUAAUAUGAAUACUAAACAUCUGGUUUAAGAUGUUUGAAAGGCAGGUGGAGAUUAAAGUUUUACAGGUUAGGAGGAAGAUUAGGAUGAGAAAGGUAGAUUUAAGAUGGUAUGUUAAAUUUAAGCCCAGAGAAGUUAAAGAUGGUAUUUAAGCUUGAUGAGAUCACACAAGAGGAGGAAGAGAAGAGAAUCCAGGACAACCUUGAGUGACUUAGAAGGUAUGAUCUAGAGGAGAAUCCAGCAAAGGAGAUAGAGAAGGAGCAGUCUUAUAGAUAAGAAGAAAACUAGUAGAGAUUGGUGUCCCCAAAACUUAGAGUAUCAAGGAAGAGAGAGUGAUCAACAAUGUCAAGGGAAAUAAAAAUUGAGAAAAAAGCCAUUGGUUUUGGCAGCUAUGAUCAUUAGUAACUUUCAAAAAGGCAGUUUUGGUAGAAUGGUAAGGUAGGAAACAACAUAAUCUAAGGCUGGACCAGAGAACUUCAUGACUCCUGGACUCUAAUACUGAGCUUUUCAUCAAAUCAUCUGGCCCUCCCAAGAAAAUAUUGCUGCAUUAUAUGUGAUGCAUCUUUGUGGAGAUUGGUGUACAAGUUUUGUAUUUUAAAAUACAAAUCAAAAUAAAGGGAAUAUAAUUUGAAGUUACAAUUAUCAAAUUUCUUAUAUACAAAAAAGAGGUAGUUUUUAAAGUAUUUUGAAUUAGGCACCAGAAAAAGUUGCUGGUUUAUUGAACCUAAAAUACUUAUUUUAUCAAGUUCUUUCCUGAAGGUCAGAAAGAUUUAAGCAUUGAAAAUACCUUUUAAUUCCUAACUCUUUCCCACUAUUUUCCUCCCUCCCCAUUCACCUCCAAAAGACCACCCUGUUAAACUGAAGGAUGAUAUGACAUGACCAGUUUUUCAUUAUGUAAAAUCUUUCCCCUUGGGAAAAAAAUAAAUUAGUAUGUGUUAUAUACAUGGAGUUUUAUUAAAAAUAAAGUUAGGUGAUUUUUUUGUUUCCACUAAAUAAAUUUUAAUUGAUUUUUUUUUGAGAGAGAAAUUCUACUUUGAGAAUAUUUUGAAGAAGUGAUCUAAAAAAAUGGAACAAUUAGUAAAUCAUUGAAUAUUUUUAUAGUGAACAGUUUUAAAACUUUAAAGAGAAAUACAGGCAGAUGAAUAUAUCAGAAAAGAGAAAAUAAUUAGAGGAUAACAUACCCAUUCACAUAUACAUUGGAUAUGCAGCUGUUUGGUCUCUUUAUUUGAUUGAAAUCAAAGAAACUCUGAAACAUGACCAGUUAAAAAAUAACUACAAAGAGCCAAAGAGUAGAGAUAUGAUAACAGAAAAUAUGAUUAUGGGUUAAUUUUGUGGCUUGAAGAAUAGAACUCUUUUCAUUUUAAAAUGAAAACCAUGGAAGUUGUCAGAGGAAAAAUAGCAAGAAAAAGAAAAAAAAGCAACACAAGUCUAUAGCAGAGAUUAGUCGAUGAUAGUUGGAAGCAGAGUUGGUAACUAUGGAGAACAGAGACACUAAUAACAGAAGAGGGAAAAUAAAUAUGACAUUGAAGGAGAUACCCGUCCAGUAUUUAUUGUAGGGUCACAUAACCCUCUAAUGGUCACCAUUAUUAUAAUAUGACAUAACAUGAUCAUUAAGAACAUGGUUAAUUAAAAUUAAUUCAUGGUCAGUAUAUCUAAGAUAGAAAAGUGUUAACAUUUUAAAAAGAUUUCCAUCAAAACUAAAGUUUAAAAGUUUUCAUGUAAAUUGUUCAAUUCAAGAAAUGUUAAAGACCUACUACAUUCCAAGCAUUGAAUAUACAAAAACAAAUGAAAAAGACUCUGCCCCCUUUGACCUUACAUUCUUCUAGAGAUAUGAAACCAUGUAUAUGGACUAAAGGAAAUGAAAAGUAAAAAAAGCGUCCUAGGUACAUCCAAAGAAAGAGAAUAUCAACUAAAGGUUAACAGUCACUCAAAUUCCUUAAAUGGGCACAUCAUGACCAAGACCUGUAAUUUAAAAUUAACAAUAUAGCAACUGUGAUAGAUGAAUAACUGUUAUACAUGGGAUGAUCAAUUAAGAGGUUAUUAUGAUAAACUGGGAGAGAUAGGGUAGUUGUGAUAAUAAGUUAACAGGAGGGAAACAGGUGUGAUGUUGUAGAGGAAUUGUAUUGCCCUUUAAUGUCAUACAAUUAAUGUAUUAAGAAUAUUACUCUGUUUGGGGUACGUUAUGUUCAUGUUCUUUGUGUGUAACUUUAUAUAAAAUAAGUGCUGUUUUCCUGUUGAUUUCCAUUAUGAAAUCAAAGAUGUGUUUGUACCCUUGGGAAAAAUCCUCAUAACUGAUCAGUUUGGGCCAGAAAGCCAUUAGUUUGGGUAAACAUGGGUGUUGCAGCAUACCAAUAUAAUUACACCAUAAGAAAAUAUAGUCCUUAAUAGUAUGUUGUAAUAAACUUUAGCUUUUUUUCUUUUUAAAAAAUUUAAUAUUAUACUUUUCCCCUAAUGACAUGUAAUUUUUCAUACAAAUCAUUUCCCAAUGACUUGACUUAGUCAGAAUGAUCAGAAGAGCUGAACAGGCAGUUUUCAGACACAUCAAAGCUAUAGUCACAUGAAAAAAAAUUCUUUAAAUUAUUAUUAGUCUGAGAAAUGCAAAUUAAAACAACUCUGAGAUAGCACCGGUCAAGUGCUUUGUCAAGUGGUCAAGUGGCUAAUAUGCUAAAAAAGGGAAAUGUUGGAUUUGGAAGGGAUGUAGAAAAACAGGGACUUGAAUGCAUUGGUGAUAGAGUUGUGAACUGAUUCAACCAUUCUGGAAAGCAAUUUGGAACUAUGCCCAAAGGGUUAUAAAAUAAAACUGUGCCUACCUUUUGAUUGAGCAAUAUUAUUGCUAGAUCUGUAUUCCAAGCAUAUCCAAAAAAGAAAAAAAAGGGAAGGGACCUAUUUGUACAAAAAUAUUUCAAUCUUUGUAGUGACUAAAAAUUUCUAAUCAAAGAUACCUGUCAAUUGAGGAAUUGCUAAAAAGAAAAAAAAUAAGCUAUGGUAUAUGAUCGUAGCAGGGUAUUAUUCUGCUAUAAGAAAUGACAAGCAGGAUGAUUUCAGAAAAAUAAAAUGAAUAAAAAAUGCAGGAGAAUGUUGUCAACUGCUGUUACAUAUGUUAUAUGAAGAACCGUGAAUGACUUAGCUACUCUCAGCAAUAAAAUGAUCCAAGGCAAUACCAAAGGAUUAAUGAGGAAACAUCUAUCUGCCUCAAGAGAAAGAACUGAUAUGGAGUGAAUACAGACUAAACCAUGCUAUUUAAAAAAAUAAGGAAAACAGUUAUUAGCAUUUGUUUAAAAAUUUUUUUUUGAGUUCCAGGUUCUUUCUUCUCUUCCUCACCUUAUUGAGAAGGCAUGCACUUUGAUACAGGUUAUAUGUGUGCAGUCAUGCAGAGCAUAUUUCUAUGUUAGCCAUGUUGUGAAAGCAAACACAGGCAAAAAAGAAAAAUAAAGACGUAUGCUUCAAUCUCUAUCAUAAGUCCUUCAGGAUUGUCUUGGAUCAAUGUACUGACUUAGCAGUCAGUCAUUCACAGUUGAUCAUACAGUACUGCUGUUACUAUGUGCAAUGUCCUUCUGGUUCUGCUCAUUUCUCUUUGCACCAGUUAAUAUAACUCCAGUUUUUUCUGGAAACAUCCUGCUAUAUUUCUUAUAGCACAAUAGUAUUUGAUCACAAUCAUAUAAAACAACUUGUUCCACCAUUCCCAAAUGAUGGACAUCCCCUCAAUUUGUAAUUCUUUGUUACCAUUAAAAGAGUUGCCAAAAAUAUUUUUGUACAUAUUGUUCUUUUUCGUUUUUUUUUUUUUAAAUCUCUGUGGGAAACAUCUAAUAGUGCUUGUUCAAAAAACAUGCAUAGUUUUUAUACACAUAAAAUCGUGGGCAUAGUUCCCAGUUCUUAGCAAUUAACUCUUGUGACACUAAUUGUUCUCUUCACUUGAGACAGUGGAUAGAUACAGUGCUGGGCUCUAGGAUCAGAAAGACCUGAAUUCCAAUCUGGCCUCUGAUCCUUACUAGCUUUGUGAUUCUGGGCAAGUCACUUAAUCUGUUUGCCUCAGUUAUUAAAUGGGGAUAACAGCACCUACCUCAUAAGGUUGUUAUGAGGAUCAAAUAAAAUCCUAUUUGUAAAGCA